GGAUCCAUGGCAGCCUGGCUGCCCCGCUGCUGCUUUCCUGCCCUGCAGGGCUGUUUCCCAGCCUGGCCUGGCUGCAGCUUCUCCCCAGCCUCUGCAGGAAGGCAUUUGGCAGCAGCUGACAGGGAGUCCAAACUGCACCAUGGGCCCGAGAUGCCUGCAAUUUCCCGGUCUCCGGGUAGAUCAGGAAUGGCACCUGUUUGUAGAAGGGAGUGGCCUGGCCAAUCCCAAAAGUUUUGAUGAUUUCCUGAACCAUGAGUUUGUCCAGUAUUGCCUCUUGAAGAUGCCAUCUCCCAGAAGGGGAACGGCUCCAUCUAAUGCAGCUGUGCCUCUUCCUGUCUCCAGAGAUGAACCGAAAGGCUGUGCUGAAGGCAGCAUUUCCUGGAGGAAGCAGUGGCCCAUUGGCAGCCCCUGCUGCAGGAAGUGAGGCGAUGCCAGGCACAGUCACAGGAGCUUGGGAUGGCGACAUGGCUUAUCGGGAUGCCCUACUGGAUGACAGCUUGGAGAAUUCUCUUGGAGAGAUUCUCUUGGAGAAUGCUGGAGGUCCUUCUCCAUGGAAGAACUCAGACACUGGAGACAAGAAAUCCCUGGAGGCAGCCAGACACCUGGACCAGAUGCUGAGUGAUCUGGAGAGACGCCGUGAGAUGAACCGAAAGGCUGUGCUGAAGGCAGCAUUUCCCGGAGGAAGCAGUGGCCCAUUGGCAGCCCCUGCUGCAGGAAGUGAGGCGAUGCCAGGCACAGUCACAGGAGAUGAGCAUGCUAGCAAGGCUUCCCCAGCAGCUGGGAUGGAAGAUGGUUUGGAACCCUUGGGAGCUUCUGCAGGUGUGUCUGCAGGGAGGACUUUUCAGGCUCCUUUCCUGGUUGCUGCGCACAAGCCCGGCUCCCAUCGCAGGGGUGCGCCGAGACGGAGGAACAGAUCUACUAAACACAUGAAGUCCCUGGAGGCAUCCAAACACAUGGACCAGAUGCUGAGUGAUCUGGAGAGACGCCGUGAGAUGGACCAAAGGGCUUUGCUGAAGGCAGCACUUCCUGAAGGAAGCAGUGGCUCCGUGCCAGACCCCGAUACACGAAGGGAGGAGAUGCCAGACAGUGCCACAGAAGACGUUAUCACUGAAACAGGAAUAUUUGCCCCGGAUCCAGUGCGCCUCCCAAGAAUUGUCUGCCCCCAGGAUGUGCACAGGUCCUGCAUGAUAGGCACGGUGGUGACACUGUUCACCGUGCCCCUCGUGCUGACAGGCUGCUAUCUUGGCAUUCGGAAGCUGUACCAGAGCAGACGGUCAGUUGUUGAUUUUUCUCCACAGCUUUCUUGUAACUCUGCUCAUAGCAUUGGUAGCCUGACUCGUAGUCAUGCUGCACUGGAGCUGUGGCCAGUCUGUGGUUGUCCAAAGAACUCUGCUGAGGGCUCUGCUGCUGCCCAGUGCUUUCAUUGGCCUCUUCAUUGCUGGGCCUUGUCCUGGGGGGCCCGCUGGGGCUGCAGCCAGUGCUGGCUCCCACUGAGGCUGCCAGGCCAAGAGCAGCCCCGGGGGCACAGGGCAGAGGCAGAGCAAGUUCUCAACAGUAUUUGGGCCACACAGCUCAGGACAGGACAGUGCUUAUUUAGUAGCUCAUGUAAAGUUUCAUGGUGACAGUGAUGUUACCAGACAAGCAAAUCUGCUCCAGUUCAGUGUUCAAACAAAUCCAACCUGAUGAAGGUUUGGCUUUGGCCUCGAGGCUUGCUCUUUGUGUGAGCCCUGUUCUGGAUUGAUUCCCACUCAGUCUUGGAGCUUGUUUUGGGUGAAGGCUCAUCCCGGCCCUGACCCUUGGCAGUUCUGGGCUCAAAGGGACCGCCGAGGCCGCACUGCACGUGACUGGGCUUCAGGGCUCCAUUAGCAAAGGCCUUUGAGAAGUUUAAAUUACUGUAUUCUUACUCUUUGGUUUUCUUUCUGGAAUUCCUUCCCUUUUUUUUAAACUUAAUUUAAAAAA